AUGGCCCGGCGGUGGCUGACGGUUUUGCUUUCUCGUAGUGUUCUUCCACCCCCGCCGAGGUACCCAUCGGGCACAGGAUACAAUGGCCUCCCCGCGGGCACACCAAUGCCGAUGAUCGAGACAAACAACGUCCUCAGUAACCCCUCGGGGCCCGAGUACCAGUUCCUAGUCGGCGAGGGGUUAUAUGUGUUAAAGGAUGAUCUGCAUCUUGCGACCCCUCCACCACACCCCUCCGAAGCCCCGUUGGUCAAUCCGAAUCCCCUCGCGACAGCCCCCCAGCCCGCGACCGCCGGCACCCGACUUACCCUAUUAAACCUCGACGUCAACCCGCAGUCGCCUGCCGUCUACCGAACGAGUUCGCGAUCCGAUGGCGCACAGGGGAGCAUACAGGAGAACCAGGACGAGAGUCAGUCGUCGACUGAUGUGCGCGAGAGCAGCAGUGAUGCCGGCCGUAUCAGCUCUACCGAGGGCCAUCAGCUGGCCAGAGCGAACACCAACACGCCGGCGUUUGGCGAGGGCAACACUCUCCUCGCGCCGGUAGCCCAGAAAGAUCCAAGCAAGCGGCGCAAGCCCAAGAACAACAUGACCAAGAGCAACUCGUCUUUCAUCUCGAGAGUGAUCAACCAUGAGACGUUGCCCAAACGGCUGCAAGAACGGGCACGAGAUGGCUUGUUUGCCUUUGCGAACAUCAACCGCGCCUUCCAAUGGCUGGACCUGUCUUCCCCGGCGAAGUCUGCCAUCAACGGCACGCCCGUGUCGCAAAUUGAGUGGAUCCCGGGGUCCGAGAACCUCUUCCUCGCUGCCCACAUGGACGUCCAUUCGAAAAACCAAAAGCUCAACCCGGUGUCGGUGUGGAAACUCUCCAACCAUCGCAUCAACGCCUUCGCCUUCUCCCCAGACAGCCAACACCUAGCCGUGGUAUCCGAGGACGGCACCCUCAGGAUCAUAGAUUACCUCAAAGAAGAACUCCUCGACCUCCACUACGCCUACUACGGCGGCCUCAGCUGCGUGUGCUGGUCGCCCGACGGCAAGUACGUGGUGACGGGCGGGCAGGACGACCUCAUCUCCAUCUGGUGCCCAUCCGAGGCCCCCGCGCUCGUCGCCCGCUGCCAGGGCCACCACUCGUGGGUGACGUCGGUCGCCUUCGACCCCUGGCGCUGCGACGAGCGCAACUACCGCUUUGGCAGCGUGGGUGAGGACGGCAGGAUCUGUCUGUGGGAUUUUAGCGUCGGCAUGCUGCAUCGGCCGAGGGCGGCUUCGGUCCGACAGCGGGGGUCCAUCUCGUCGCGCCCGGGCGCCAUCCCGCUGCUGCACCGCGCCGAGACGGCCGCGACGGCGGGGACGAGCGGCAGCGGGAGGUUGCGGUCCGACUCGAAUCUCUCGUCGGCGGGCGUCGUGCUUGCGGAUGGCGAGAAGGAGAAGGUGCUGCCGCAUCCUGUUGCGCCGAGGGCUACCACGGCGACGUUGCCGCCGGUUUUGAGCAAAACCGUCGAUGAUGAUGUGCUGUGCUGGUUGGGAUUUACGCCUGAUGCGAUUAUCACAAGUUGCAAGACGGGGCAUAUUCGGACUUGGACGAGGCCGUCGGAGCUGGCGCAGCAGUUGGAGGAGAAGAAGGAGGAUCUUUAA